AUGUCGCCGCUCCCCUAUCGGUGGCGGCGGUGGCCGUUCGGUGGUCUUAGAAUGUCGAUUAAGGAUUUGCUGGGAGUGAAGAAAGAAGAAACAUUCAACCCGUGGGCCAUCAUCGGCGACGUGCUCCCUCGCCUGCCGCAGCUCGUCGGGACCCUGGCCAGGCUCAUCUCCAAGAUCAUUGAUGCGGUGAGGACGGCACGCCAGAGUAAGCGGGAGUGCGAGUACCUCACGGUCCGCCUGUCCAUCAUCGGCGACGUGCUCCCUCGCCUGCCGCAGGACGCGAAGAUGAAGCGGUCACUCGCCGAGCUGGCAAAAACGCUGGGCGAGGCGCACAAGCUGGUCCUCGACUGCCAGAAUUGGAGCCCCGCCAGGGAGCUCAUUGGACUUGGUCAACGCCAUGCCGACAGCUUGAAGGAGGUCAACGCCAGGAUCGACUCCCACAUCAACCUCCUGAACUUGAUCUUUAACGCCACCGCCGGCCGCUCCACUUUCAACCACACGACGACGGUGCCGUCGCCGGGCAGUUCCUCGGGUCCUGUUGCCGUCAGGCUCACGUGGGCGGAAAUUGCAGCCGCGACCGAUUACUUCGCCGACGAACUCAGCCGACGCAGCCCGGAGGCGUUGUACAAGGGCCGUCUCCACGACGGCCCGGAGGUGGCCGUGAAGGUGCUGAACAAGAACGGGAGGCAGGACGUGGAGGGCGCGUUCGUGGCGGAGGUCGAGAUCCUCUUCCCCCUCCGCCACCAACACAUCGUGCGACUCGUCGGCUGGUGCUCCGAGGAGGAGGACCGCAUCAUCGUCUACCACCACGAGCAUAUGAGCAACGGCACGCUCAGAGACCACCUGAUGCGCCUGGGCCUGCGCGUGCGCGCUCCAGUGUUCCUGCGGGGCGGCUCUAGCUCGUCGCCAGUGAGAGCGACCUGGAAGACGCGCGUCGAGGUGCUGCUGGGCGUGUCGCGGGCCAUCGAGCACUUGCACCGCUGUGGGGUCAUCCACCGCAACGUCACCUCCUUCAACAUCCUCCUGGACGGAAGCUGGGAGCCGCGCCUGUCCGGCUUCGGCCAAGCGAUCUUGCAGGCGGCAAUGGGCGACCAGGUCGUCGAUGAGGUUGUCGGCACGCCCGGGUACCUCGACCCGGAGUACCGCCGCACGGGGCGUGUGAGCCCGGCGAGCGACGUGUACAGCUUCGGAAUGGUGAUACUAGAGUCGCUGACGGGGAAGGAUCCCGCCACCAUGCAGAUGGACUCGGUGCUCCUGGCCAUACGGAACAGGAAGCUACCGGAUGUGCUGGUCCGCCGCCCCGCGGCGACGCCACGGCAGCUGGAGGCGCUGGAGCUCGUGGCGCACACGGCGGAGUGCUGCCUGUUUCCACAUGGGAACGACCGGCCUGCCAUGUCGGACGUUGUGACCAGCCUCCAUAGGGCGCUCUUUAAUAUCGACAACAAGUGGACGAGGACGACCACGGUCACGGCCGCGCCACCGCCGAGCUCCAGCUAUGACUCCCACAUCGGCCACGACGACAAGUCGACGACCACGGUCACGGCCGGGCCACCGCCAAGCUACAGCUAUGACUCCCGCAUUGGCCACGACGAGGAGUCGACCAUCACGGUCACGUCCGGGCCACCGCCGAGCUCCAGCUUUGGCUCCCUGCAGAGUCAGGUUUUUUUUUUUUUGAGAAAGCCCUGCAGAGUCAGGUAAUGGUCUAAUUAAUGGAUGGGCUUAUAAUUUGUUACCCCUCAUUCUCAUAAUAUAAAAACAUUUCUGACAAUAGUAUAGUGUUAGUGUCAAAAAUAUUUUUAUAUUAUGAGAUUGAGGGAGUAGAUCUUAGAAACAAAUUCUCUUUUGCUUCAUGCGGGACCAAAUCAUAUCAUUAAGUUGCCGAAAUUAUGUACGUAUUUGCAUUUUGUUUUCUAAUUAUGUACGAAAUUAUGUAGCAAGGUCGCA